AUGGCACCGGAAUCAUCAUCAGAGGUUCCCCCAAACUUCUGGGGCCACAUGCCCGAAGAGGAAUACUACACCUCCCAAGGCAUCCGUGACACCAAGUCCCACUUCCAAACCCCCAAUGGCAAAAUCUUCACCCAAUCCUUCCUCCCUCUCGACCAACCCAUUAAAGCCACCGUCUUUAUGACCCACGGCUACGGCUCCGACACCGGCUGGCUAUUCCAGAAAAUCUGCAUCAACUUCGCCACCUGGGGUUACGCCGUGUUCGCCGCCGAUCUACUCGGCCACGGCCGCUCCGAAGGCCUCCGCUGCUACCUCGGCGACAUGGACAGCGUCGCUGCGGCCUCUCUCUCCUUUUUCGUCCACGUCCGCCGCAGCGACUCUUACAAAACCCUGCCCGCGUUCCUCUUCGGCGAAUCCAUGGGAGGAUUAGCGACGCUUCUAAUGUACUUCAAAUCAGAUCCGGACACUUGGACGGGUCUGAUUUUCUCGGCGCCGCUUUUCGUGAUUCCUGAGGAUAUGAAACCCAGCAAGGUACAUUUGUUCAUGUACGGUCUCUUGUUCGGUUUGGCUGACACUUGGGCGGCGAUGCCCGAUAACAAGAUGGUAGGAAAGGCGAUUAGGGAUCCUGAGAAGUUGAAGAUUAUAGCGUCAAACCCAAGGAGGUACACGGGCCCACCUAGAGUGGGAACCAUGCGGGAGCUUCUCAGGGUAACGCAGUAUGUGCAGGAUAAUUUCUCCAGAGUGACGGCGCCGUUUUUCACCGCUCACGGAACUGCUGACGGCGUUACGUGUCCUUCGUCGUCCAAGCUGCUGUACGAGAAGGCUUCGAGUGAGGAUAAGACGUUGAAGCUUUAUGAUGGGAUGUACCAUUCCUUGAUUCAGGGGGAGCCUGAUGAGUCUGCCAACCUUGUGUUGCGGGACAUGAGAGAGUGGAUUGAUGAGAGGGUUCGAAGGUAUGGUUCUCAGUCAGAUAACAUGUAUUGA